GUCAAUAUGCCACGUGAACUUCCCUUUCUGUAAAGCAAACUCACUUUCAGGGCUCCAUUACUUUUCUGUAUAGCUUGCCAUUAGUUAUCAUUUCUACAAUGUGGCUCGUUCUAGUUUGUGCUUUCUUGAGUGCCACUGGAGGUGUCGCAGAGUUUUCCUGUAGGAAUGAGGCCGGAGAUCUCGUCGACUGGUUCAUCAUUUACAAGAUUCCAAAGCACAAGAAUGGCACUGAUGGAAGUGGGCUUGACUACAUGUACCUGGAUUCAUCGGUGAAGCUCUGGCAGUACAGUGACUUUCUGGUCAAUGACAGUCUGGGGGCUUUGGGGAACACCCUUAGACAGCUGUACCAGGGCCAGCAAUAUAAGACCAACAGAUCUGCAUACAUGCUUUAUAACGAUGCCCCUCCAUUUUUGAAAUAUGACAAUCAUUAUGGACACACGAAAGGAGCUCUCCUCUUCGACACGGUUCAGGGAUUCUGGUUGACCCACAGUGUCCCUCACUUCCCUCCACCCCCAGAACAUGGGUAUAGUUGGCCUUCGUCUGCUAAAAUGUAUGGUCAGACAGCAUUCUGUGUCACAUACAAAUAUCAUCAGGUCCCGCUAAUAGCCGAGCAGCUUCUCUACUAUAAUCCCCGUGUGUACAAUUGCUCCCUGCCUGAGAUAUUUCAGCCAGAUCUGUCCAAUUUGGCUCUUCUUUGUAAAGGCUCCCAACUGCAAAGGACCCCUGGCAGGAAACUGCAGACACUAAUGUCAGCCAAAGGAGAGACUUUCCUAAGUUUUGCAAAAUCACACUUCUGGGUUGAUGAUAUAUACACUGGUUGGGUGGCUCAGGCUUUGAAAACUGACCUCUUAACAGAAACCUGGCAGCGUAAGGAGCACCAGCUGCCAUCAAACUGCUCUCUUCCUGAGCACACCCUAAAUAUAAAGAGAAUCAAACUCCCUGGGCCUAUAGUGUUCUCUUCCUUUUUCGACCACUCCAAGUGGUGUGUAUCCAGAGCUUAUGAGAAGCAGUGGACCUGCCUGGGGGAUUUAAACAGGGAGGACACUCAGGCUUGGAAAAGCGGGGGAUUAAUAUGCUCCCAGAACCCAGAUAUCUACCACGCAUUCCGUCACACUGUGUCCUGGUACAUCAAUUGUUGAUUGGAGGGUGGUUUUCUUAUUACAUUUUAUAUUUCCUGAAGACAGCAUCAAAAAAAAUUAAAUAAAAAUAACCCAUGUA